AUGGACGGCAUGCUUUCUUGGCUUCCAGCUCAGUUCUCCCCUUCGCGAGGAUUCUAUUCAAGCCUCUCCAGGGAAGACAUGUUCAAGCUGUAUUGGAGACCCUUCUUCCGUACAGUGAUCGUGUCUGCUAUCAUCAUUGCAGUCUUCUUAGUAUCUCGACCACUUGCCUCUUCAUCAACUCCCAUUCCCUUUGUCAAAAGCAGUUUCGACUGGUCCACCUACACCUACCGACACCCUCUACAGUCCGUUACUCCUCUCCCGACAGGAAAGCCGCGCCGAUUUCCUCCAGUCCAGUACAAGUUCCGGCGAGAGUCGAGAGCUGCGGCAACACAGCGAAUAUCGCGCCAGCAAUCGAUGCUGAAAACAUUCAAGAAAUGUUGGCAAAGCUACAAAACUCAUGCUUGGCUGAAAGAUGAACUGCAGUCCAUCUCUGCAAAGAGCAAGAAUACGUUUGGUGGAUGGGCAGCCACGCUGGUCGACUCUCUGGACACCCUCUGGAUGAUGGGACCCAGGGAAGAAUUUUAUGAAGCCGCAGAGCCGGCAGCAAGCAUUGACUAG